UUUUAAAAUGGCGGUUUCAACUCUUCUUUGAAAUUACAUUCAUAAUCUACCGCUCACAAUGCAAAAAUAACACAACGGACAUCAUGUUUUGAGAGAAAUGUUCACGGAUACAUUACAACAAUCGUAUUUUGAUACACAAUGGAUUCCUUGGUCGGCGAGGAUCAAACGCUGCCGUUUGACAUCAAUCUGAGCAUCUCUCGGCUGCCAGAGUCUCUGAACAGCGGCAACUUCAGCAUGGACGACAUGACAGCAUCUCUGUUUCCAGGGCAGAGGAUGUCUCCAGCCAAAGCUCUGACUAUGAAAGAUUACGAGAAUCAAAUCACAGCUCUGAAGAAGGAAAACUUCAACCUGAAGCUCAGGAUCUAUUUUCUGGAAGAACAUGUGCAGCAAAAAUGCGACGACUCCACAGAGGACAUUUACAAAACGAACAUUGAGCUGAAGGUGGAGGUGGAGUCAAUGAAACGAGAUCUGGCUGAGAAACAAGAACUGCUUGUGUCCGCAUCGAAAGCAUUAGAGAGUUUAGCCAGUCGAGGUGUUGAUAAUGGCAGAGAGAAGAUGCAGAGACAAAUGGACUCACUCAGAGAAGCUUUCAGCGCUCGGAUUCAAGAACUCGAGGAGUCUCUGCAAGCUGCCCAAGAGGAACUGGAAAGCAUGGCCACCAUAGCUGAACAGGAGAAGCUGAAGAAUCUCGGAUUGGAGAAAGAGCUGCAAGCUGCCAACCAAUCAGGACCCUCAACUGAUUCUGGCUUCACCCCUGAAUGGCUCAGAGAGCUCCAGCAGGCCCUUCAGGAAAAGGAGAGUGUUAUUGAGCAGCUGCGCGUGUCACUCAAGAAUCAAGAUGCCAUGAUUGGAGAGCUUCGGAGGAAUGACCCGAACCAACCAAUGGCAGAGCAGAUGGCGCAGCUGAACUCCCUUAUUGGCCAAAAAGACAGUCAGCUACAGGCUCUUAGGGAAGAGCUAGGCCAUGGGAGAGAAAAUUCAGAAAGAGACAAAGAGGAGUUUGUUGAAAGACUGAAUGAAUGGAGCAGAUUGGAGCAGAAAACCAGACAGCUGACAGAAGAACUGAACGUGUCCAAGAACAACAACCAGACCCUCAAACACACACUAGAAGAAACAGAGAGAGAAAUGAAGGCUCUUUCUGAUGAGCUGGAAGAGAGAGAGAUCAAACUGGCUGCGGAGAAGAAGAACUCUCUGAAACGAGACAAAACCAUCCAGGGCCUCAGUCUGGUUCUCAAAGAGAAGGAGAAAGAGAUUGAGGAUCUAUCUGGUGAUCUUGAAGAGAAGGAUCAGGCUCUGGCUAAGGCUCGAGAGGCCCUUCAUAAAGCCAAACUACAGAAAUAUCAGGGGGCUGAAGACCAGCAGUCUCUUUUCCUGGAGCAGCAGGCUGAAUUGUCACGUCUCCAGGCAGAAGCUCGCUCUUCUCUGCUGGAAGCCCAGAGGCUGCAGCGUGUGCUCGGCAGCAGAGAUUCAGAGCUGUGCCUUCUUCAGCAAGCCAAACUAGAACUGGAACAAGAGCUGGAGCAGCUACAGCAACAGAAAAAGAAGGGAGACAAGACCAUUAACGAUCUUCAGAACCAGUUGAAGAAACUAAACGGUGCUCUGUCUGACAGAGAGAACAAUCUAGAACAGCAGCAUCUAGAACAGCAAGAACAAAACCGUGCUGCCGAUCAGAAACUACAGAAUGCCAUAGAACGACUCACAGCCAGCCUGAAUCAUAAAGACCAGCAGCUACAGGACUAUAUGAACAUGGUUAAAGAUCUGGAGAAGAACAAAACCCAAGAGGAAGGUGAUCCCAUAGUAGCCAAACUGAGAGCAAGACUGAAGGAGAAAGAGAAAGCACUUGAGAAAGCCUUGGAUGAGAAGUUUGCAGCCGUGGAGGAGAAAGAAAACGAGAUCCAUUUGCUGCAGCUGAGCUUGAGAGAGAAAGAAAGAGAUUUGGAGCGCCUCAACAAUCUGCUCUCACACAACGAGGAGACGGUUAAUAGUUUUGAUGCUCUCAUAAAGGAAAGAGAUCUCGAGCUGCAGCAGCUGUUGAACUCGCUGAAGAAUCUUCAGAGAUGUAAAGACGAGACUGAGCAGAACCUUCAGAGGGCUCUGAGAGAGAAAGAUGCCAUUAUACAGCAUUUACAGCAAGCACUAGACAACAAAAUGAGAGACAAGGAGGAGAUGGCCAAUAGGGUUCUGAACCAAUCAGAGUCUCAGGGUCAAAGGUUAAAGAGGUUAAAGGUCACAGAGGCAAUGAUGUCAGAGGCGGUGAAGGACAGAGAGAGGCUAGUGUCCGAGAACCAAACCGCUGUAGAAAACCUGCUGGCCAACAUUGGCAGCAAAGACCAGCUUCUGAAGGAGAGUGCGGAGCAUCACUUACAGGCUCUGAAUGAUCAUGAUGCAGAAUUGCAGGAUCUUCGUAAGGAGUUGGCAGACACACAGCUGCAGCUCAGAAACACACAGAGACUGAACGCCACAGCCGCGCAGGAUGGUCACCUAGAGACUGCUGAACUCCGUGCAAUGUUGGCGGAGAAGGACGCCCUCAUCAAUAAGCUGCUAGACCGUGGACAAAAGAAAGAUUGCAUCCUGUUGGAAAUGAAGACGAGUGAAAUGCUUCCUCCUCAGAUGCUGGAGCUCAGACAGACUAUUGAGGUGUUUCAAGAGAAACUUGAGGAGAGGGAAGCUGAGCUGAGCAGGCGAAACAGUGAGGAAACUAUGGAUUUAACUACAGACAGUAAGAAAUCAGUGGUGGUUUUGAAGAAAGAGCUCACACAGAAAACAGAUGCACUCAACGCCGCUCUGAAGAGAGAGAACCAGCUUAAGAUUUCAUUAGCAGAGCUUCAAUCCACGAUCUCCGAGCUGGAGGCACGAUUAGAAGGACAGGCAGCCAAUAUUGAAUCCCUUACAUCAACUCUCAAAACUAAAGAAGAAAUCAUUACUGAGCUGCACCAGCGAUUGUCUCAGAGAGGGGACAGUCGACUUCCUCUGACCCGGGACCAAGCUUCCCAGCUGGGUGAGAGUGAAUACAGCCUCUCCUCUCUCCCUCAGAGAGAAAGAACCAUCAUUGGAGGAGAUCGCCAACAACAGGGUGUUGCAUCUUUAUCUGAUCUGCUGACUGAGCAGAUGGAGUUAAACCGAGCUCUGAGAGCUGAGCAACGUCUCUACUCUGACCUCAUCAGAGCUGUCAAAGAGUGUGACGGUGUUGAUAGCCUGCAGGCACUGCAGCUGGAGCUCACAGCUCUAUCACUCCUCAGACAGCAGCUGGAAAGGGGAGUCAAGAUGAACACAGAGCUGAGAGAUCAGCUACAGAAAGAGAUCCAGAGAGCCAAACAGAGAGAAGGUUCAAACCCUUCAGAGUUAGAGAGCAUGCGUGUUGCACUGGAGGAAGCUCAACGCUGGAACGCCUCUCUGCAAACCAGACUGGGACAGAUCCAGAACCGGGGAGGAGGGGUUGGACAGGCCAACGAAUCUGUGGACACGCUGAGUUUGAUUGGUGACCAGACGUCCUAUAUGAGUAUAUGUGUUGGCGAUGGGCCAGAGGAAGAGCUCCAGCACUUGACUGUUGAACAGCUCAGAAUAAAGGUUUUAGAGCUUCAGGCAGUCAAUGCGGAACUGAAAAAGAAGCUUCUUCUGAUGGAGAAAGAUAUUUUGGGUAAAGAUUGUAUAGACUUUCAGAAAGAACCAGACCUGUUCAACCUCUCAACUCCAAACAAGCAAACACCGAUACAGCAGAGACCGACUUCUGAAGAUGAUGUGACACUAAUGCCUCCAAACACAAAGGAGAGAUGUGAUGAGGGAGAUCGUUCUCCAGAAGAUGUUGGUGAGAGUAAUCAACCAUCACAGACUCAAAGAGAGCAAGGUGGAGUGCAACCAGCAUCAAGAUUCUUUAGGGAAGGAUCGGAAGCAGAAGAACUCCGAUUACUUCUCUCAGAUUGUGGAGCGGAGUCAGUCUCUCAACUCCGGAAGCAAGUGGCCAAACUCCACUUGGAAGCGUCUGUACUCUGUGGAUUUUUAAAGAAGGAAAACGCCACUGAGUCCAAAGAAAGUGCAGAGAGUUCUGGAGAAAGUGACAGCCAUGGAGACUUGCACCAAACCGUGAAGGUGCUCCGCUCAGAAGCCAGAAGCCACCGAAAGAUAAUUCGACUGCUAAAGGAGCAGCUGCAGCAGAACUCGGUUUCAGAAGCCAGAAUUAAAAUUGACCCAAAGAUGAUGGAAGGCAUGGACGACAACAUGGAACAACUGCAGACACAUCAUGAAGAUUCGCAGAGACACACCAACACACUGGAGAAAGAUAACAAACAAAAAGAAAAGAAAGAAAUGGAGGAGAGAUAUGAGAGACGAAAUCAGGGACAAAGCACCAAACCCACCAAGAAUCAAAAGCAGCACAUGACCAAACAUCAAGCAUAUGUAAAAUCUCGGCUACCAGUACCUGUUUGUCCCAGCAGGAGUUCUGGGCAGAGUUCAGAAGAUCUGAGUGGGCUGAAUUCAGGCCACAUUCACCCCAGAAACAAAGACUACCUGACUGGGUCGGAAGAGUCUGAUUAUAGCACGGACAGCAAGAUGCCUUUGAGAUCAGCUGACCACAAACACCUCAAUUUAGACCAUUUUAAAGAUGCUAGACUGAGUCCAACUGCCGGAACAAAACAAGACACUAACAUGAACCAGAAUCUGGAAUCCGAGCUCAUGGCACAAUUUGGGUUACUGAAUCAAGAAUGCCAAGAGAAGGAGGAUCUAAUCUCCCACCAAAGACAACAAGUCCAGGAAUGGGACGAGCUACAGGCAAAAGACGCGUGCAGCUUGGACUCGGAGUGUGGAAUCGGUCAAACAGGAGAUGUAAUAUUGCAGCAACGUUGUGCAGAUCUUCAGAAGGCUGUUGAGGAGAAAGACAGAAACAACGCUGAACUCAUGGACUGCUUGAACUGUGCGGAAUCCACCAUUGCAUUGCUCCGAAAUGUCGACACUACAAGCAGCCAAACGGAACCAACUAAGGCACUUUGCGAGAUACUUGAGCAAUGGAUUGAACAGAUCAGAAUUUCUCAGCAAAGCGACCACAGGUCAAAAGACACUCACAGCACAGAGGUUGGUCCAGCGCUAGGACCUGAAUCUGACCUACGGCGACAGAUAGAAUCACUGCAGGAGUCACUGUUGCAGCAGUGCAGGAUGAAUGCUGAACUGCAGGAGAAGCUCUGGACUUCAGAAGCCGCUGUUAAGAAGUUGAGUGCAGCUGUCAGUGCCAAGUGCAACAACGCACCCACAGGUCUGGAGGGGAAUUACACUCCUGGACCAGAAGGAAAGGUCCUGUCUUUGCAGCAGCUGACAGAGUGUCUAUCUGAAUGCAUUAGAGCUGCUGAAGGCGCAGUCAAGUCUUUCACAGACAUUUACUCCAAACCAAGCCAGUCUCAUGAGGAGAUCUUGUCCAGUCCAGAGUUAAAACAAUGGCUGGAGAGGCUGCAACGCUCUCUGCUGGAGAGAGAGUCUCUGGAGGACCUAGCCUGUACUGAGAGACACCAACAGAAGACAAGCACACCCAUUCACAACCCUGAGAGUACUAAAACAGAAUUGCAACAGAAUGUUCGGGAGCCUGUUUCCUCAAACCAGAAUCUUCAUAAGAACCUCUUGAUGCUUCUUAGGAUUCAUACCGAGUGUGCUCAGAAAAUGAGCGAACUUGAGAAAGCUGUUAGGGGGCGUGGCCAAAGUGGAGGAGGUGGAGAUGCGCCUGGAAAUGAAAGUCUGGAGAGGAACGUCCAGAUCGACAGUUUGCAGAAGGCCCUGAAAGAGAAGCAGAGGGCAUGUCGGAAAAUGAAAGAGAAAAUGGCGAUCGCUCAGUCGAUCAUCGCUGUGUAUGGCUCGAAGAAGGAGAAACAGUCUGAUCAACGUAAAGCGCCCCCUGGUGAACGGGAUGAUAAAGGGGUGCAGGUGGAGGCGCAGGACCUUGGGUAUGAAACGAGUGGAAGGAGUGAGACUGAGGUGGAGGGCAGUAGCACAGAUGUGGAUGGUAUCUUGCGGUUGGUUCCCACUCCAUCUCCUGUCCUAGCGAGCAUGCAGGGCCGAUUUUCGCCUGACACUACCGCAUCCAGCCCCUCGUACCCCAGCUCUCCUGGCCUGAGCUCCCCUCGACUCUCUGACCCUCACGCCGACCCCAACCUGCACAUCCAGCAGCUCAGGUCACAGAUCGAAGGACAGCACAAAGUCAUCCAGAAACUCCAGAGACAGCUGAGUAAGAAGUCUUUGUCGUCUGAGCUCCUGAGUGUGACCUCUGACCCUACACCAGGUGAAGAAGAGGAGGAAACAAAGAUGAAGUCUCAGAUCACCCAGUUGAGCGUUGAGCUAGAAAGAGAGGGAACCCUGAACAGAAGCAGCCAAGCAGGCUCUCCGUCCAGAAUCGAGUCUCUGGUCCAGUCUCAGGCCCGGGAGUUGUGUGAGCUGCGGGAACAGAUCCGUGUCACUCGUGGUUUGGGUGUGGAACAGCGUAAACAGUUUCUGGAGCUCAGAAGAGCUCUAGAGGAGUUACUUCAGCCCAAUAACAUGCACUCCGCUCAGGGAACCCAGCUCAGAGAGCAGCUGGAUCACAGCCUGAGCCUGCUGGAGAGACUGGAGCAGGUUUCUACAGGAGGGUCUGGUAUGGAUAAUGAGGAGGAAGCAGAGACAGAGAUGAAGCUCAGACUCUCUGCAGGGCUACAGGAAAAAGACCGCCUCAUUCAGUCUCUGCAACAUCAACUGCGAAUGCAAGUUCCCAGAAUGCACCAGUGCUCAGACUCCGAGAUGAGCGACAGACUGUCCAGUGAAGGCACAGCCUCUUUCCAUGACAGCCCCCCUGCUGGCCGCAGACAGACCCCCAACAGACCUCACACAGGGCUGAAGUUAACCAAUGUCGAUGCGUUUUCAGAUGCAGGGCUGGGAUCUGGGGGCGUGGCUGUUGAAGGGGGCGUGGCCAAGGGUGAAGAGGGGAGUGUUGUAAUGCUACAGCGGGAGAAUGGCCAUCUGCAGGAGCAGCUGAGAAGCAGUGAGGAACUGAACGCUACACUUCGUAGUGAACUGGACCUCACUCGAUCUAUCCUGAAGCACAGCCCACAGAAAAAGACAGAAGACAAACAGUCGGAGCACCAGAACACGUCAGCGAGCAAAACCAUCAGCUCAGAUCUGUUAGCAGAACACCUUCAGGAGAUCCGAGCGUUGCGUCAGCGUCUUGAAGAGACGAUCACAACCAAUGAGAGACUCCGAGAACAGCUAGAAAGAAAGUUACAGGAAGCCGAAAAAGACUCAGCAGCCACUAACAUCUUCAUCGCUGGUUCUGAGGAUCACGCUCACAUCAGCAGUGAACUCCACUUCCUCCUCGCCCAAAACCACACACUCAAAGAGCAGCUCAACCAGGGAGCACGAGAUAAACAGAAGGAGAACGACCACCUGAGGGAGACUCUGGCCAGACGAACUGCUAAACUAGAGCGGAGCAGAAAAGAGAGUGAAACACUGAAACAGGAGAAAACACAACUACAGGACAAACUGUAUAGAUUGCAGUGUGAGAACAGUCAUCAGAGGCAGCAGUUGUGUGACACCCAGCAGCUCUUGCAGUCUGUGCGUGUGGAGCUGCAGGUGCAUGAGCAGAUGAAGACCUCCACACACACUCACACAGGUGAGGGCCGUGGCUCUGAGAGCGGUUCAGCGGUGGAUCUGAGCGAGCUGUUGGCUGAGAUCAGACAGCUGCGUGUUCAGCUGGAGAGAAGCGUCCAGAUCAACAGCACACUGAGACAGAGACUAGAACAACAGCUGCUGACCCACACUGACCCCAGAUCAGCCAUCAACGUCCACUACCUGCUGCCCACAACAGAUGAAGCUGGUAAAUCAGAUGUUCUUCACUUGCAUACAGACUCUUCCAGUGCUGCUUAUGACAGCGGUAGUUCAGUGGACUCUCACGUCCCGUCCCGGCUGGUCCCGGGUCACCGGCUGUGGGCGGACAGACGCGGGCGACACGUUCUGGGUCUGAUCGAGGACUAUAACGCCCUGCGCAAACAGAUCAGUGAAGCCAAGAGAGUCACUGCAGAUCUGGACACACAGAUGCAUGGCUGCGGCCGGACUGUCUCUGUCAGUGUGAGCACCAUGCAUCAGGCUCUCGAGGAAGCCGCUCGACUUCUCAAACUGCUCUGGAGAGUCUCCGUACCCUCAGGAGACGCCACACACACUCAACAGGAGGAGCUGCUGAAGAGUGAGAUCAGUCGUCUGAAGACUCGUCUGUCUCAGCAGGACCGGAUGCUGAGCGGAGCGGUCAAACGCCUCCGAUCCACCAACCAUCUCAAAGAAGGCAUGGAGCGCAUCAUCAUCAACCAGCUGUCUCUGACUCACGGCGUGCUGAAGAGAGCCAGAGGAAACCUGGAGUCUAACUAUCUGAAUGUUUUUGGGCUGAAGGGUCUUCAGGUGGAAGGACGUCCCACUGAAUGGCCAGUGACCAAUCAGCAGUCAGGGGCGUGGCCUGUCCUCCGCAGCGUUCAGCCUGCAGUGAAAACUCCUCCCACUGCAGCUGUUAACACUGUUGGAUCUUAACAUAUUGGUUUUCUCACCCUUUUAAUUUGCAUUCUUAAUUUAUUAGUGUACGCUAAUACCGUCCAGAAGUAUUUGCACAUGUACAGUAAGCAUUUAACUGUAAAAGGUAAUGUUUGUUUAAUAUCUGAAGAGGUUUUCUCCUGUAAAUACUUUGAGCUUUAGUUUUAUACUGGUUUUAGACAGUCUCCUGUUCACUGCCGGUCUCCUGUGAUGCUGUAUUAUCCUGCUUAAGAUUUAAAAUGUUGAUGUAAAUGAGUGUUACAUGUUCAUUAAAUGAGCUCAUGGUUUAACAUA